CGCGCCCGCCCGCCCGCCGCCAACGACGCGCCGCCCAGCUCGGGAGGCCAUGACCGCCGAGGAGAUGAAGGCGGCCGAGAACGGGGCGCAGUCGGCGCCGCUGCCCCUCGAUGGCGUGGACAUCAGCCCCAAGCGGGACGAAGGCGUGCUGAAGGUCAUCAAGCGGGAAGGCACGGGCACGGAGACGCCCAUGAUCGGGGACCGAGUCUCAGUCCACUACACUGGGUGGCUGCUAGAUGGCACCAAGUUUGACUCCAGUCUGGACCGCAAGGACAAAUUCUCCUUUGACCUGGGGAAAGGGGAGGUCAUCAAGGCUUGGGAUAUUGCUGUAGCAACCAUGAAGGUGGGAGAAGUGUGCCACAUCACUUGCAAACCAGAAUAUGCCUACGGCUCCGCGGGCAGCCCUCCAAAGAUCCCCCCCAACUCCACACUUAUAUUUGAGGUGGAGUUGUUUGAGUUCAAAGGAGAGGACCUCACCGAGGAUGAAGAUGGUGGCAUCAUCCGCAGGAUACGGGUUCGGGGGGAAGGCUAUGCCAGGCCCAACGAUGGUGCUCUGGUGGAGGUGGCCCUGAAAGGGUACUACAAGGACCAGGUCUUUGACCAGCGCGAGCUCCGCUUCGAAAUUGGCGAGGGGGAAAGUCUGGAUUUGCCCUCUGGGCUGGAGGAGGCUAUCCAGCGCAUGGAGAAAGGGGAGCACUCCAUUGUGCACCUCAAGCCCAGCUACGCUUUCGGCAGCCUUGGGAAGGAGAAGUUCCAGGUCCCACCCCAUGCUGAGCUGAAAUACGAAGUACACCUGAAGAGUUUUGAGAAGGCCAAAGAGUCCUGGGAGAUGAAUUCCGAGGAGAAGCUGGAGCAGAGCACCAUAGUGAAAGAGAGAGGCACUGUGUACUUCAAGGAGGGCAAGUACAAGCAAGCCCUGCUGCAGUACCGGAAGGUCGUGUCGUGGCUGGAGCACGAGUCGAGCUUCUCCCCCGAGGACAUGCAGAAGGCCCACGCGCUCCGCCUGGCCUCCCACCUCAAUCUGGCCAUGUGUCACCUCAAGUUGCAGGCCUUCCCGGCCGCCGUUGAAAGCUGCAACAAGGCCCUGGAACUGGACAGCAAGAACGAGAAGGGCCUCUUCCGCCGGGGUGAGGCCCACUUGGCUGUGAACGACUUCGACUUGGCACGGGCCGACUUCCAGAAGGUCCUGCAGCUCUACCCCAGCAACCGGGCCGCCAAGGCCCAGCUGGCCGUCUGUCAGCAGCGGACUCGCCAGCAGCUGGCCCGCGAGAAGAAGCUCUACGCCAACAUGUUCGAGAGACUGGCGGAGGAGGACAGCAAGGUCAAAGUCGAGGUGGCUGCAGGAGACCAUCCCACGGACGCGGAGAUGAAGGACGCGCCCGGCUCGGUGGAGGGCCGCGCUCAGGUGGAGACGGAAGCGUAGCCCGCGCCCGCCCGCGCUGCCUGCUCCCCGCGCCUCCCUCUCCACCCUGUUAGUUUUGUAAAAACUGAAGAUUUUUGAGUGAAUUAGACCUUUAUUUUUCUAUCUGGUUGGAUGAUGGCUUUGGGGAAGGGGAGAACAGGCUGGGGGUUGGUGUGGUGGAGAGUAGUUCUAGGUGGCGUCCCCUCUGCCCUCCCGUACACGAGAACGGAGCCGUCCGCGCGCACUCGUCGGCACGUUAAUUUAUUUUGCUCCCUUGGUUCAGUCACUUUUCAAAUGGUAGAAGGGGAAGUACAGGACGGGAUGGGACGGGAAGCCAGGGUGGAGAGGGUCGCCCCCGGGCAGCCGCCCUCGCCCUCUGGCCCGUCUCCAGCGCGGUGCCCGCGUGGGUGCUGGGCACGCAGACCACGGCGCGCCGGGUGCCUCUGCCUUCCUCCCCAGCGGUGUGGCUGAUGAUGUCCUUGGGUGUCAUGGUGGUCUCCCCGGAGCACCUCCCCGUCCCGCCAUGCCACCGCCUCUGUCCCUUCCCAGCCAGGUUGUGUCUCCACCCCGACCCCUCGGCCACUUCUGCAUGUUGCUGAAGGUCCAGGUGCACCUCAAGUCCCGAGCUUGAGCAAUAAAGUGGAAACAAACCGUG